AUGGCCAACACCACAGGGCUGAAUGCCACAGAGGUAGCAGGCUCGAUGGCCUUGGUCCUGGCGGCAGUCGUGGAGGCGGCAGCACUGCUGGGCAACGGUGCACUGCUGGUCGUGGUGCUGCGCACGCCAGGACUGCGCGACGCGCUCUACCUGAUGCACCUGUGCAUCGUGGACCUGCUGGCAGCGGCCUCCAUUAUGCCACUAGGCCUGCUGACCGCGCAGCCACCGGGGCUGGGUCGCAUGCACCUGGGCCCCGCACCCUGCCGUGUGGCGCGUUUCCUCUCCGCUGUGCUACUGCCCGCCUGCACUCUUGGCGUGGCAGCGCUCGGCCUAGCACGCUACCGCCUCAUAGUGCAACCGCUGCGGCCAAGUGCUUGGCCUCCGCCUACUCUGGUGCUCACCACCCUGUGGGCUGUGGCCGGGCUGCUGGGCGCACUCUCCUUGCUCGGGCCGCCUUCCGUACCGCCCCCUGCCCCGGGUCGCUGCUCGGUGCUAGCGGGGGGCCUUGGCCCUUUCCGGCCGCUCUGGGCUCUGGUGGCCUUCGCGCUGCCCACCUUCCUGCUGCUUGGGGCCUAUAGCGGCAUUUUCCUUGUGGCGCGCCGCGCUGCCCUGCGGCCCCCACUGCCGGCGCGCGGGCCGCGUCCACGCUCCGACUCUCUGGAUAGCCGCCUCUCCAUUUUGCCACCCCUCCAGCCUCGCCUGCCGGGGGGCAAAGCAGCCCUAGCCCCAUCGCUGGCCGUAGGCCAAUUUGCAGCCUGCUGGCUUCCUUAUGGCUGUGCAUGUCUAGCACCUGCUGCGCAGGCCGCAAGAGUGGAGACUGCAGUCACCUGGGUAGCCUACUCGGCCUUCGCAGUUCACCCCUUCCUGUAUGGCCUACUGCAGCGCCCGGUUCGCCGGACCCUGGGCCGCCUGGCUCGCCAAGUCCUGCUGAGGCCACCAUGGGCCUGCACUCCGAGGACCUGGCAUCCACGGGCACUUUUGCGGCACCUCCAGGGACCUUCAGACGGCCCUGCCCUAGGUCAUUCUGAGGCACCAGAACAAGACUCGGAUUUGACAAGAGGGGAGAGUCUGCACAUACCAGAAGCUACAUGA